AUGGGUAUCGAAGAAGGCCAUCACAACGGGGAGAGGAAGCCCCUCACAUGGUGCCAAACGUUCUUCACAUCCUUCGUUUUUGUUUGUUUGGUAGCCUGUUUUAUUUGUGGCAUGGUUUAUACGAUCAAACUAUCUUCUCGCAAAGAACCAGUUCCGAAGAUAGAACUAGCUUCUAUGGAUUUCACGGUGCUUAAUAUUACAGACACUCGUUUAAGUGCAAAAUGGGAUUUGUCGAUUCGGAUCCCCGACGAUCUACCUGGUAGCUAUAUAUGUCUUCAAGGACACUUUCAAGCUUCCUUCAUGUACAAGAAUGUUACUCUUGCUAUCUCAAGCCCACAAAAAUACAGCGAUCUCAACUACAGCCAACCUCAGGUUCUUAGGGUUUUAGCGGGUGUCUCGGGAGAAGAUAUAUAUGGUUUGAUAGGUAAAGAUAUAACUGAAGAUAUGAAAGAGAAGAAGGAAGUGCGGUUUGGUACUCGUUUUUAUAUCACUGAUUGCAGGGAAAAUACAACUGGUACUAUGAGAUAUGCAUGUGAUGAAGUCACGUUGCGAUUCGAACCAGGUUCCGAGAUGAAGGCGGCUUUGUUUGGGAUGAACCCUAGCUGCGUCAAUUAUUGACCUAACUCCACGUCAUCGCCAGUUC